UUCUGGCAUUCAAACGUUCCGGUACCUUCUCCGACGUUGAGUCUUGUUUUUUCCUUACAGGAUAGUAGCUUUUUCCAUUUGAUUCGUGAAGUGUCGCUUUCCGCGAUGAUAAUUCACGGUUUUCUAACCGUGAUUGUCAUCGCGACAAUCGCGACCGGUGCGAUAAUCACCGGUCCGACCACCACUCGUAUGCCGCCUCAAGAAAUCAACCACGCCGAAAUCAACCAUGCCGAAACCACCGCCGCCGCCGCCACCGCCUCCGCUAAUGAUGUAACACCGAUUGUCAAAUCCACCGUCUCCAAAUUACACAAACCGUUGAUCACGUGUUUGUGUAAUUUACCCAAAUGCACAAUCACCAACGGACAAAAAGACGGAAUUUGCUCAACUCGCCUAGGAUGUUUCUCUGAAAUUCGAACUGUACUACCACCCAUGGAAGAACCAUUAAAAUCAAUGAAUUCCAUACCAACUGAACCCCCGAUGACUGCCAACGGUUCCGCCGUUUUACCAACUAUUCCCGAAAGUGCCGAUGCCGAAACAGCUGCGCACGUCGAGGGACCAUCAUCUGUAAAAGCAUCAUACGGCUGCUUGGAGUUAUUAGAUAAUUAUUCCAAGCAACCUUGUGACGAAAUCUUGAGGUCUAUGGAAUCAGAUGCCUCUGAAUUCCCAAUCAUCCAAGCUCCUACCAACGGUGCUCUACCUCCUAACAACGCUCUCGUUCUCGCUUUCCAUUGCUGCCAGACGCCAAAAUGCAACGGAAAUCAUUCUGGUCCAGCAGAAAGUACAGUUAAAUCGGCCAAAGCCGUACUCGCCGCUGCAUUAAAAAGUUCUCUCGCCUUAAAUGAAGAAUCGAAAUCUGAAAUGGGACAGAAUUCUUCAAUGAAAAUGGAAAUGGCAAUAGAUCCUGCAACUAUUGUAGCUGAAGAGUUUCCAUCAAGCGGUGAUCAGACGAGUAAAGAAAUUAUUAUAGGAACUGGACCUGUACCAUUCGUUACUUUGGGUGAACCUGGACCUCCAUCUGCCCUCAAGACCGAAAUGUCUGAGGACACAGGGAUUGGGUCCACCGUUUCCCCCGGGGAGCAACCAGUAAUGCCCGAGGUCGUACCACCCAAGCCCGUACCACCCAUACCGGCUCAACAGGAAAUGACCCACAAUGCCGAGGCUGUCGAACAUUUGGAGCAUGUUGUCGCCAAACGUCACGACAGUCAAAGGGUCGACUCGGCCAUAAAGCUGUCUACCGACGACCAAGAAAACAUCGGAGAUUUCGACGACGACAUCGCGGCCGAGGUUAGAGCCGCCGCCGCCACCGCUAAAUCGAUCCCCAUGUCCGACGAGAAAAAUGCCAAGUCUUCGUUGGCUCCUCGUCACGAUGGCGUGCCGGAAUUUGUACCGCCUCCGGUCCUGCAGAAGGAUAACGACUCCUACUUACCGAACUACGCCAACAACAACUACAUCAACGACGACACUGUCAUGAACAAUUGGAUGAUCGGCAUAACCUGUGCCAUUGUCUUAGCGUGCUUAGUCGGUAUGUCUCUGUUGAUAAUGUCCGUGGUCAGAAUCAUUCGCAAGUCGGACGUAUUCAGAAACUACAAGGGAGUGUGCAGCAAUCCGGGCCAGCCGUGCGCGUGCAACGGCGGGCUGACCAGACGCCGGCCCCGCACUCAGCCGUCUUCGUCCGAUCUCGACGCCGCCGUGGCCGCGGUGCAUCGCACUUCGACCACCGCUCCGCUGCUGCCGCCGCCCAACAAGUACCGCGGCCGCGGCCGCGGCCACGCCAACGCUGCCGCCACGUACAACGACGCGAUGGGCGACACGACCUACGUGUUCACCACCAUACCGGUGCCCGACGAGCCGCCGCUCACGUCGGUGAUCCGCCGUAUGUAGUUUAGGUCCAGAUAGACGUAUUUGGGAAAUUUGCGCCCCCGCAGGUUAUCUGUUUGCCUUUUUUUUUAUCACCCUGCAAAUGACCUAGGUAUACCGUCAAAAUGCUUUCCAAAAUUUACCGCCCGGGGCCCUAGCCCCCUUGAUCACACCCCCCCCCCCCUAAAUACGUCACUGGUUAGGCCGCUUUAUGUAUGAAGAGUCGUCCAAAGCGCCCGCGCAGGAGAAAGUACCUAUUAUUACUAUAUAUAUAUUAUAUAUAUUAUCAUAUUAAUUGUUAUAUUAUUUUGUAUUACGUAUGUUAUUAUAUGUUGUGUUGUAUCGAAAAUGACGUCGGCGAAAACGUUUUUUUUUUAUUAUUAUUAUUGUAAUCAUGUCAUUUCCGUGUUUAUAUUAUUAUUAUCAUAUAUACAUAAUACAUAUAUAAUAUUAAAUUACUAUAUAUAUAUAUAUACAUACAUGCGUUAUAUUGCGUGGAUAGAAUAUAUUAUUAUAUGAUAGGUAUGUUAUAUUAUUGUUAUUUUAAAAAAUCGCGCGUUCUUGGAUAAGACUGAUGAGGUUAUAAUAUUAUGUAUUUUUUUUUCUUUCAUUAUCACAAGAUUAUAUAAUUUUAGUGUGUAAACUAUAUUCAUUAUUAUCGUUAAGGAACAAACGGGGUAGAUUAGAUUAUUGGUUAAGUUACAAUUAUUAUUAUAAUAUUAAGAUUAUACAUAGUUAUUAUACAUGUCGACUACAUAUAUAAUACCGUAAACCUGGUACUGUUACUGUUGUUACUCGGCACACAUGGGUAUAUUGUUUUAUACCGUUAUACACAAUUUGUAAAUUCGUAAAUUUUUUUUUUUUAUCGUAGACGCGUUGAGAAAGUUAAAUAUUAUAAUAAGAUGACUUCACAUCCGCCGCGUGUGUUGUCUCUGUCUUAAACACGCAUAACAUGGUUAAAAACUGUUCUGUGCCGGACGAAUUUACUCCCUAUAUAUGAUAUUUGUACCAGAAUUAUCAAAAUUAAAUUUUAAUAUUUUUUUUAAAAAAAAUUAAAAAUUAAAUAUUUUUUUUUUACUUUUUAUUUAUUUUUUGUUAUUUAUCUUAUUUUUAAUAAUUUAAUAUUAAAUCAUUUAAAUCGCAUCUGGACGGAACUUUAUCUAUAAUGGCUUAUAGUGUAUUAAUUUUUUUGAUUAUGUGAAUACAAUCACAGGUACAGACGUACAGUUGAUUACUAUAAUACUGUAUCGGAAAAAAUUAAAACCCUACGACACUGAUAAAAUUUUGUGAUUUAUAAUUUUGGUAAUUCUGAUUACAAAUAUCGAAGGAGUAAAGUCAUCCCACGCAAAAUGGUUUUUAACUAUGUUACGCGUGUAUAAGACAGAUACAACACAUGCGGAUGUGGCGUCGUGGGACUUAUAAUACGUCUCAUCUGAGUUAUGCUGAGUUUGGUUCAAUUCGAUUACCUCUCUGUACCGUUUAAUACAUCAGUACAUCACAGACAACAACUUUAUUUGUUGAGCUUUUAAAAUAUUACGCAUAGACGAUAUAAAAUUAAAAUAAUUACCUCGAUUCAUACUCGCGAUGUUCCCUAGCAGUUGGUUUUAUUAGAUGUGAUCUCAAACUAUAUAGACAAACCGAUUGGUAAAGGAUAACACGAAAACGGUCAAUCGGUGUUUUCAGACUGCUUUAUUCGAGAUUUCUCAAACUUUUUCCGCUUUGACCGUAUUAAUAAAGUAACUAUAAGUAGUGGCCAGUUUUACGGUACUUAUAUUAUAUUAUUAUUUUUAAACGAAUGCGGAGGGUGCUGGGAGAUAAAUCUCAAUAUAAUAUAUCGAUCGUUCUAGAUCGUAAUGCAUUUACUUACUUAUACGGAUUGUUUCGUUUGCGUCAUCUUUAUCUUGGCGCCUCGUCACCCAUCACCCGCGCCGCAAAUUAAUACAACUCUUUUUUUUUAUUAUGUUAUAAGGUAUACAUUUUAAUUUUGAUAUAAUUUCUAAUGACGUUUUACGACACAUUUAUGUGGCUUAUUUACAUCGAUUAUUUAUGUUUAUUGUUCGCGAACAAUUUCAUACUGUUUUUACAAUCUACGUAUGACAAUCAUUAAGAGGUGCUAUUAAGUGUUAGAUUUAAUUUAAUUUUUCAUGAUUUAAUAAGGGUAUACAGUUUCAAUUAAAUUUGGUUAUAAAUAUUUAAUUUAAUAUUUACCUACUCUCUCAAUACUUUAUGAUUUUUAACAAAAAAUAACAGAAAUAAAUUUAUUGAGAGAAAGACAGUUAACAUUCAAUCAUUAUCGAAUUUUUAUAUUAUGUCAUACUGCCAUCUGUCAUGGCUAUUUUUUUUUAUAAACAUUAUAAUAGGUAAUUGUAUUUGUCGAUAGUAAAUCAGCCACUUUUCAUUUCAUCUGUCGGGUUUUAAACUAUUAUUUUUAAUUUGUAGUAUGUAAUUAAUAUUUUAAUUAGUAAUCAUUUUCUGAGCGUUUUUUGUUUUUUUAUAUUGCUCUUGUACUUACUACUUAUAUUUACAAUGAAGACACUCGAUUUUGAACGAUGACUACAUUGUCGAAUAAUAAAUUUAUAAAUAAUAUAAUAUAUUAUAUUGUAACUCUUAUCAUAAUUUAAAUCUUCAUUUUUAUUUUUAUUUUUUUCUUGGUAUCUACCUAUAUGUUAAAAUGUAAUUUUAUAACACUAUAUAAAUUGUAAUUUUUACUCCGAAAAUCAUAUUUUAAUAUUUUGCUGUAUUUAUUUUCAUUCUUGUAUCGAUUACCUGUACCUAAUUAUACUAUUUUAAAAUAUGUUUUACGAUUAUACAAUAUUUUCAAAAUUAUUCACAAUAAAUUACGAGUGUUUUCUUAUUA